UGUACAGUCAGUAAGUAGUAGUAGUAAUGGUACAGUUUGUCUCUAUUAUCAUUCUACCCUACCCCACUUGGGAAUUUAUAAAAGAUGAUGUCUGCGAUGUUGGUCAGCUUUAAUAUUUUAAUUCUUGUCAGCAAAAAUCUAGCCCAAAAUCCUCGUCCCUUCAAUUUCUAUCAUUAACCAUGGCAUCUCUUCCAGAAGGCGUUGCAAAGUCGUUGGAGGAGACGAAAGUCGACUAUAAGCGUGUGGGAAACAGUGGUCUCCGCGUGUCAGUUCCAAUUAUUGGGUGUAUGGGCAUUGGAAACCCGGAAUGGGCAAACUGGGUGGCAGGGCCAGAAAAGGCCCUCCCGCUCUUGAAGGCGGCGUAUGAUCGAGGAAUUACCACCUGGGAUACAGCAAAUAUCUAUUCCAAUGGGGAUUCUGAGAGAGUUAUCGCCCAGGCGAUCAAGAAAUACGAUCUCCCACGACACAAGUUGGUGCUGAUGACGAAGGCAUUUAGCUGCGUUGGAGAGCAGCAGUUUCACGCAUACCCAAUCCUGGAUAAAUUAAGAAGGACCAAGGAUUACGUUAACCAGUUUGGUCUUUCAAGGACAGCAAUUUUUACUGCACUGGACGCGUCCCUCAAACGUUUGGAAACAGAUUACAUAGAUUUCUUCUGGAUUCAUCGUUUCGACCCAGAUACGCCAAUUGAGGAGACCAUGCGUGCUCUUCAUGACCUCGUCACUGCGGGGAAGAUCCGUUACAUUGGAGCUUCAUCCAUGUGGACAUACCAAUUUGCCUCCAUGCAGUUCUGCGCGGAAAAGAACGGGUGGACAAAAUUCGUUGCGAUGCAAAACCGUUACAACUUACUGUACCGCGAAGAAGAGCGCGAGAUGAUUAAGUUUUGCAACGAAACAAACGUGGCUGUCAUCCCUUGGGGUCCUCUCGCAGAAGGACAGCUUGCGCGCCCAUUGCAAGUUCGCGGAACAACUACGCGCUCUGAAGGCUCCCCGCCCCUACGCAAAGAGUCCACGGGAAUCAUCAACAGAGUAGAGGAACUGGCCAAAAAAAAGGGGUGGACUAUGGCCCAGGUUACGCUCGCAUGGACUAUGAAGCGAGUGACGACCCCUAUUAUUGGCUUUAGCAGCGUCGAGAGGAUUGAUGAUGCUUUAUCAGCACGCGGAAAAGAGCUUACAGCUGAAGAAGAGAAAUACUUAGAGGAAGUUUAUACUCCUAUGGAGAUGGAAGGUCAUUUCUAA